GACCGCGUUGAGCGUUCCUUUGUAUCCUUGUUGAGAAGCUCAUCUUGCGCAUAAUAAGAGCACUGCUUUAACUUUGAGUUAAUAAAAUUGUGGAAUCGUGAACUACAAACUUCUAAUUUUGGAUGUCAAUAAGGAUUGAGACGGCGAACAGCAAUUGUUUACAUUUGAUCCAGAAAAAGGUCAAAACCUUCAAGAAAGUGUCGUGACUCGUGCAUAGUGAUUGUAUCCUUUGGUGUCAUUUGUAAAAUAUAAAAAGCCAUCAUGCCUAAGCGAGGAGGUAAACCUAAUGUUUGGAAUAAGCACAACAAUAACCACUCUGAACACGAUGAUCGAGUGCACAAUAACAGGCGCAGGGUUAGUUUUAAACCCACGCACUUUAAAGGCAAAAACAAGUUUCGUGACUGGGAAUCCCAUGCGGACAUGGCGUUUAGCAUGGAAGUUGGCCAAAAUGGGGAGCAGCCCUACAGGCAAGGCUCCUUUAAGUCGCGAGGAGGCCGCCACGGGUCCCCCGCACCGAGAACUACCAAAAAGAAGUUCGUCCCUGGUCUCUUACCUUGGUAUCAGAUCAUAAUUCCUUAUGGAGCCAAGCACGAGAAAGAUGUUCUGCUACGAGCUAUCCUCGGCUUUAUUUCUCCGGAUGUUUUCAUUCCGCACUAUUUCAAAGUGAACGGAAAUGCUGCAAUAUUCUAUGUCGAUGAUGUGAAGAUUGCCGAAAAGCUGUAUUAUGCUGACAGAAAAAUAUUCAUGUCUGAUGGUUUCAAGUUGGUCUUGAUUGUGAAGAAUUCAAUACCGACUGUGAAAGUGGACGCUGAACUAAAAGAGAAAAUGAAAAUGGCAAUGGUGAAGAGAUACAAUGCAGCCACCAAAGCCUUGGACCUGACGAAAUUCCAUGCUGAUGAAGAACUAUCAGAUGUCUUCUGUGCUCUUUUCCGACCAGUUGUGAUGAUAACGGCCAUUGAUAUAAUAGCAGAGAACAUUCCAGACUUAGAAGCGCUAAACCUAAACGACAAUAAACUACAUGGAUUAGAUCAUUUGAGUAUAUUGUGCUCAAAACUUAAAUGUUUAAAGAUCUUGUAUCUGGGAGAUAACAGGAUUCCAUUCAUCGGUUCGCUGGAUCCGCUGAAGAUGCUGCCGCUGGUGGAACUGUACCUCAAAGGCAACCCGUUGGUUAACAGGUUCAGUGACCAUGACAUCUACGUCAGUGACGUCCGGAAGAAGUUCCCCAAACUCGUUCGACUGGAUGGCGUGGAUCUACCCCCUACUAUUGGCUUCGACGUGUCAGAGGACGUCUCCUUACCUGCUCGUCAGCAAUCCUUCCUCGUAGACCCAUCAGGCCAGGACCUAGUGAGGGAAUUCCUCACUCAAUACUUCGCUAUAUACGACUCGGAGUCAAGACAACAGCUACUAGAAGCGUACCACGAGUCGGCUAUAAUGUCCAUGGCAGCAAACUAUAAUACCAAUGACAACAGAAAUGCUGCGACUUACAGACUAAACUCUUACAUAUCAAACAGUCGGAAUAUUAUGAGAAUAACAGAACGAGACUACAGAAGGAGAUACCUCAAAUCGGGGAAGCUGCACAUAGUGUCCUUCCUCUCAGACCUGCCCAAGACCAAACACGAUCUCAUGGGCUUCGCGGUUGAUCUAUUGGUCUUCACACCCGCAAUGAUAGUGUUAACGAUGAACGGAGUUUUCAAGGAGACGCAUAUAAACGGUAACCCGACGCGGUCCUUUCACCGGACGUUCGUGAUCGUGCCCAACAACAGCGGCGGGUUCUCCAUCAUCAACGACAUGCUCUUCGUCACCAACACUACUAAGGAGCAGGAGGAACGAUCAUUCUCCUCUGGAGUGGAACCGGCGGCGGCGCCCGCACCCGCCGCGCCGGCACACGACGACACGCAGCGGGCCAUGCUAGUGGCGCUGGCGCAGCAGACUGGCAUGAACGAGCACUGGACUAUCAACUGCCUACAAGAAACCGCUUGGGAUUUCCAACGAGCACUAUUCAUCUUCAAUCAGUUGAACUCGGAGGGGAAAAUACCUCCGGAGGCAUUCGUCAAGUGAAACUAACCUGAUCUGCUGCGGGAUGUGCCUUUGUAAAUAUAAUUUAGCGUUCUGGAGAUGAAGAUUGAGAAGAUUUUGUCGAAUAAACUUGUAAAUAUAUGUUAAGUAGUAAAAUUAAGGUUUUGUUUGAACUAAAGUUGUAUUUAAGGUUUUGUUUGUACUAAAGUUGUAUUUAGUGUUCAUUUGAGAAAAUGAUGAUAUGAGAAAUUUGUACUCUGUUCCAAUUCAUUUUGAUCCAAAUGUAAACAAAGAUGUGUGGCUAUUGUGGUACCAACUUAAAUGUCCCUAAUUUAUCGUGCAAUUAAGAAGUAUUCCUUUUGCCACAAUGGUUCAUAAUUUGGUUGAGUUACAAUUUUGUUUAUGCUUAGAACAAAGUGAAUAGGAACAGAGCAUAAUUUGUGGUAAUAGGUGGUUGUUGUAUACAAUGCUACAACAGUAUGGGCAAAAGUAAAUCAAAUGAACUGUUCGUCACUUUUUGAAACUCUUGUGUGAAUUGUGAAAAAAAUUGACACUGCAAAAAUAAGCAGAAUUGAAUGAAAAAAAAGUCAAAAAAGAAAAGAUGCACUAAAGACACAAAUUUUUUAUUAUCUAAAUUAAUCUCAAUUACUUUAUAGUAUAAUGACCUUGUUUUAUAUAAAAUAGUCAAAAUGUUUGCUCUAAAAAUGUUAUCUGUAGUGUAGAGAUAAAGUUUCUUACAACAUAGGUUGUAUCCAGUUGUAUCAGUCUGAAGUUAGUAACUGAAUUAAAAAAAAAUGCAGACUUGUGGCUAACUUCAGAUGUUAAAUAUUUCUGUUUUUGAAAUUUUAUGAUUACCAGAGUAGCAUUUUACUUGAAACAAGUAACCCUUACCUUUGUGGUAUAUGUAAAUUCAAAUUUCUUUUUUGUUUCCAACUCUGUAUAUAGUAAGAACUAACAGUAAUUAUUAAUUCUUCAAAGUAAAAUGUUUGUAUAUAUAAUUGAGACUGUUAAAUGUAAUUUGUAACAAUUAUAUUUUGUGGAAAAAAAGAAAUAAUUUUGAAAUUGAAAAAAAAAAAAGAAAAAAAAUGUAAAUUUGAAAACAUUGAUUCUGAGUUUGUGGGUAUGGGUGUUUUGGCAGUGUUGGCUUAGUAGAUUACUCGGCUGGUUGCACAAUGCUUGUCUCCUGGUUGUUGAAACCAGCUGAAACCUUCAGCGGAACCCCUGGUGUGGGCUAGCUGUGGUUGCGAUGUGGUUGCUUGUUUUGACCAGGUCGAGAUAAUAGAAAAGCCUAUGACACUGUGAUUUGGUUGCGCAUAGGGCAAGAGUUAAUACAAUAAAUGAGAGAUAUUUUUUAA